UUCUAAAAUUUAUUGAAUGUAUAACAUCUGUAUAAUUUAUUAAAACGUUUCCUUAAGUUGACAAAAGCAAAUGAUUAAAUAGAUUUAUCUGAACAACGAUAUCAUAUAUGUUAACAAUUUCAUAAAAAAAAUGGGUAAUGUUAUGACUUCUGCUGUAUCUGCAGCUGAUGUAAUUAUCCCAGUACAUCAGCAACAAAUUUCAAAGACUCAGCUCCAUGGAACACUCAAACCUGAUGGAGAACCUCCACCAGAAUGUCCUAUGCAUAAAUCUGCAUCAAAAAAAGCACAAUCUACAUUUUCCAACGAAUGUCCAAUUAAUAACAUGGCCUCAGAAGAUAUUAAUCCCCUUAACAUGAUGCCACCAGCUAAUCAACAGCCAGCACCAGAUCAGCCUUUCCCACUGCCUACUGAGAGACAAGUUUCGUCAAUACCAAAAGCAACAGAAAAUGCAGAAUUCUGGGUAUAUCCCUCACAACAAAUGUUCUGGAAUGCAAUGCUAAGAAAGGGCUGGAGAUGGAAAAAUGAUGACAUAACACAAAAAGACAUGGAUAAUAUAAUAAAAAUUCACAAUGCAAAUAAUGAAUUGGCAUGGCAAGAAGUGCUUAAAUGGGAAGCACUUCACGCAAAAGAGUGCUGCACUCCAAAACUGCGGAGUUUUGGAGGCAAAGCAAAGCAUUAUUCACCACGUGCACGGAUCCGAUAUUGGAUGGGAUAUGAGUUACCAUUUGAUCGACAUGACUGGAUUAUAGAUAGAUGUGGGAAAGAUGUACGAUAUAUUAUAGAUUACUAUGACGGCGGAGCAGUUAGUGAAAAAUACACAUUUACGAUACUGGAUGUUAGACCAGCUAUGGAUUCAAUAGAAAACAUUUGGGAUCGUAUGAGGGUGGCAUGGUUGCGUUGGAGAUACAGUAGUGAAUUAACAUCAAAAUCUAUUACAAAGGAUAAAGAAAAACAAUAGAAAUGAAUAGAAUGAAGAAAUAUUAGCUUGUUAUUUAAUUCUACACUCUUUAAUGGAUUAUGUGUUACAUUUAUGUAAUGUACAAUUUUUAAAAUACAGGAUAAAUGAAUUAUAUUAA